AUGGUCAAUUCCGCUAUGCAGUCGCGGUGGGCGAAAGUACCCUAUGAUGUGUUGGGAGAAAUCUUCCUUGAGUCGAUUCCAUACGCCGAAGACGAACGCUUUACCCAAACCGCAUACAAGCACCCAACUACUCUCGCUAUGUUUUCCUUGGGAAUCAGCCACGUUUGUCGUCAAUGGCGGCAGGCCGCAAUCGGUUUCCCCAAGUUGUGGUCCUUUUUGGACGUGGUUCAGCAUGGGGAGGACACAGAGAGGGAGUCCAAGAUGCAGCUCAAGAUGCUGAAGCGCACCGAGACUUACCUCGAACGCUCUGGCAAAUAUCAACUCACGAUUCUUCUCACCUACGAGUACUCCACAAGCCACACGCUUCUCGGACGACUCCUCCAAGAGUCCGAGCGUUGGGUCACAUUCUGUAUUGACGCAUUUGGCCUCCACAAAUCAUCUCCCACGUCCACCAAUCUCACGACUGAGGAAUGGGAUGCUCUCAAGUUCCCGGCGUUGAGAAACCUGGUCAUCUUCAACUCAGACCAGCAAUCCAUGACCGACAAGGAAUUCUGGCGCACUGAAGGUCGCUUCCUCAUGAGGAACGAUCGCGAGUCUGAUGAUGAAUCCGACAACUCUGAAUCGGAAUCCGACGACGAAUUUGACUUUGAUUGGGACUCUGACUCAGAAGAGGAGGGCGACCCUGACCGGGAGACUCUGGACGACAAGUUUCAACAUUGCAGCUUGAUUCGGCAUUACAACUAUUGCUCCCAUAACGAGUUCGAAAACGACAUUGUGUAUUAUACCAGUGACGCAGUGUCGUUGCGGCAUACCUUCCUCCACGCCAUACCCGAGUACAUCAUUACACUGACCACUUUGUACGACCAAGUGGCUGAUACCGCUGGCAAGCGCGACUGGGAAAUUUGGUGGUAUGACUUGCAGUAUGCCAUGCUGAAUAUCGAAGAAACCGACAAUCUCGAUGGCUUUCUGCAUCGAUUCGCCUUUCCAGCGCUCCGUGGCUUGAAUCUACGGGCUGGACGUCGGGUGUGGGACACAGAACGACUGUUGCUCAAGAACAAUCAGUUCAUUGUUCCCAGCUAUUUUGCCAACCUCAGGGUUCUUCGACUGUGUGGAGAUGUUUCCUUGAGCAACGCCACCUUGACAAAGAUGGUCAAAGCUCUGGAUCAGCUGACCGACUUGACGUUAGAAAUGCGAGACCGGUCGCGCGGGCUAGCUUUCCAUCUAGUUAAACUCCUCACACCGCAACCCCAGCUCACACUAGUUCCACGACUGGAGCAUCUGCGGUUGUGUCUCGACUUCAAGAUCCAUGCUACCGUUGUCGAUACCUUGAUCGCCAUGCUCUCCCUCCGUUUUGAGGGGCUCCCAGCUUCAGAACAAGCCUCCAGGACCACACUGCUGCAGUCUUUCAUGUUAUUUGCCAUCACUGACCACUGGACUUCGUCUUCAAGUUUUGUCCUCGUCGACAGACUAACAGAGCUGCAAGCAAAAAACCAUGAUCGAUGGGAUAUUCAAAUUGAAACGGGGCGUCAUUUUGAUAUAUGGCAAAAGCGGUUUGGAGGAGAGUUUCUUCUCAAUAUAUGA